CUGCUCUGAAUGAAGGACUUUCCCAGGCACCAGGGGGCCGCUCACUGGAUGAUGCACCCUUGGUGGCACCUAGUGUUUGAGGGGGUGCCCCCUGCCUAUAUCCUGUUCCAUCAGUGGAUGAACAGAGACCUCAGGGGACACAGGACCGUCCAGUAGGCAGCGUGCAGUGGCGCCCGCGUAUUCCUGGGCUGCACACUGCACUGAAGGAGGAGCCUCAGACCCCCCAAAUCCCCAGCCAAACACGCGCCCAGACCCAGGCCCCACAGCCCGGCGUGGACGGGCUGCUGUCCGGCCCGAUGAUCAAGAGCGAUGAAUGAAGCAGAUCAACGAAAGGAGUCUCGCCGCUGAAGGGAAGCGCCCCGUGGCCUCCGCGGCUGCCCACAUGAAGGCCGUGCUGAGCCUCCUGCUCCCCUGCCUCCUGGCCCCGCUGUGGCUGGUGUCCGGCUCGGCCCCUCGGCCCCCGUCGCCACAGGCCCAGACAGGGCUGGAGACUCCGCAGACCCCCACUACCCAGAACCAGACCAGCGAGGGCAUGCGGGCUCCGGAGGAGGAGGAGGAGGACUUGCUGGUGGUGGAGGUGGGGAAGGAGGAGGAGGAGGAGGAGGAGGAGGAGCCCUGGCUGAUGGCCAGCAGGCAGCAGCUCUCUGAGACCACCUCCAACUUCGGGUUCAGCCUGCUGCGCAAGAUCUCCAUGAGGCAUGACAGCAACGUGGUCUUCUCCCCGCUCGGCCCGUCCUCGACUGUGGCAGCCUUGAUGCUGGCGGCCAGAGGGCAGACCAAAGCGCAGCUGGAGAGUGGGCUCCACCUGCAGGUCCCGGACCAGACCAGCACCCUGCGCGUGCCUGCCCUCUUGAAGCAGCUCAGAGAGAGCCUCUCCCGCAACCAGGAGCUGGGCCUCGCCCAGGGGAGCUUUGCCUUCAUCCACAAGGAUUUUGAUGUCAAAGAGACCUUCCUCAAUUUUUCCAAGAGGUAUUUCGGUACAGAGUGUGUGACUAUGAAUUUCCGCAAUGCCUCACAGGCCACAGGGCUCAUGAAUGAUUACAUUAACAAGGAGACUCAGGGGAAGAUCCCCAAACUCUUCAAUGAGAUUCAUCCUGACACCAAAUUAAUUCUUGUGGAUUACAUCUCGCUCAAAGGGACGUGGCUGACCCCUUUUGACCCUCUCCUUACUGAGAGGGACACUUUCCACCUGGACAAGUACAAGGCGGUGAAGGUGCCCAUGAUGUACAAGGUGGGCAUGUUUGCCUCCACCUUUGAUAAGAAUUUUCAUUGCCACGUCCUCAAACUGCCCUACCGAGGGAACGCCACCAUGCUGGUGGUCCUCAUGGAGAAAAUAGGUGACCACCUCACUCUGGAAGACUAUCUGACUGCAGACCUGGUGGACACGUGGCUCAGAAACAUGAAAACCAGAAAAAUGGAAGUUUUCUUUCCAAAGUUCAAGUUAGAUCAGAAAUAUGAGAUGCAGGAACUGCUCAAGCAGAUGGAAAUCAGAAGAGUCUUCUCACCCUGGGCUGACCUGAGUGAGCUCUCAGUUACUAGGAGGAAUCUCCAAGUGUCCAAGGUUUUACAAAGAGCAAUAAUUGAGGUCAAUGAAAAAGGCACUGAGGCCGCGGCAGGAACCCUGUCAGAAAUUACUGCUUACUCCUUGCCUCCCAUCAUCAAAGUUGACCGGCCAUUUCAUUUCAUGAUCUAUGAAGAAACCUCGAGAAUGCUUCUAUUUCUGGGCAGGGUGGUGAAUCCCACUCUCCUGUGAUUUACAACCUGCAUAAGCACUUAGUGCUACAGCAGACGAGAACCUGAGAUAUUCGAACCCACAUGGGAUUUGGCACUGGGUGGCAGGAGAAGAGAGUGUCCCCCUUGUCCUCUGCUAGCUUGAGGUAUUCUUAGAUAAAUCUGAGUAUUAAAUUCAAACUUAUUUUAAGGAGAUGUUUCUACACUCUGUCUGGUAUUUUAAGCCUGUUUCUAAGAGUCUAUCUUACUGACUGAAGACCAGCUUGGUAGACUAUCUUUACCUUUCUCUGUUACUCAUGUUUCUGGACUUAAAAACCCGUAGAUGAGAACACUAUUUCCAGAUGAAGCCUUUGGGAGGAAGACAUGUACACAUUCUCCACGAGUCACGUGCUUCACUCUCUUUUCUUCCCUCUGGUGCAAAAUAAGUGUUUUAUUUUAAUCUAUUAUAGAAUCACUUCUUGCUGGCUAACAUUAGAAGAAAAUAGCUACAGUCAGUUCUGAUCACAGCAUCUGCCUCAAUGCAGCCCCAUCU